AUGGAGGAUUCUUUCAUGAACGUUUCAUAUGCAGAGCUCUAUAAAGCGACAGAUGGCUUCUCUUCUGCAAAUUUGAUUGGCAGUGGAAGUUUUGGUUCUGUAUAUAAAGGAAGCCUAGAUCAAGAUGGAAUUGUUAUUGCAGUGAAAGUCCUCAACCUUCAGCAGCAAGGAGCUACGAGAAGCUUUAUGGUCGAAUGUGAAGCCUUGAGAAAUGUUAGGCAUCGGAAUCUUAUUAAAAUCUUAACUUGUUGCUCCAGCAUUCAUUAUAAGGGCAAUGAAUUCAUGGCUUUAGUUUUUGAGUACAUGCCCAAUGGAAGUCUAAGCAAGUGGCUGCACAGAGAUAGGCAUGAUCAGUUGGGGAGGAAUUUAAACUUUAUUUAA